CUUGGUUGUAUAUCACACGCGUCCAAGUUUAUUAUGUUUUAGUUAAUCUGUGGUCAUGAAUGUGGUGGUUUUAUUGUGUCUGUGUUGGUUGGUUCUCGCUGAGGAUACUGGACAGCCAGCGGGUUUAAUGGCACACUGUCCAGGAAUGAACAAAACGACUCUUCUAUCAGAAAAGACGAAGAAAUCUCUGUCCGUCGUUGUGGUAUACCCAUCUUCUGGGUUUUUUGGCCAUCGGGAGACAAGAUGUAGCCUGAGUACAGAAGGAGCCGCUUGCGCAGCCAAACAUAUACCAAUAAACGAUCUUAAGAAGAGGAAAACACAGGUCAUGAUCAGCGGCUACAUGGACAGCUCGUUCUCUCCUAUAGUGCGCACCCUAUUGGCAAUGUAUCUCGGCUUAGGACGAAACGUCAUUGUUUUAGAAAUAUUUCCGAUUCUAGUGAGGUCCUAUCCUAUAGCUGCCCGCGUGACGAAGCCGCUGGGCAAUCUACUAGGAGAAUUCCUGGCCUCACUGACCUCUCGAGGACUGUCUCCGAAGAAGCUGGAGCUAGUGGGAGGAAGCCUAGGCGCCCACAUCGCGUCGUACGCCGCCGACACGUAUAAACUACUGACCGGCCGACGACCCGCUCGACUUACAGGACUGGACCCAGCCGGUCCCUGCUUCCGCAACGUGCCUCCCACGUCCCGACUGCAUGCUGACGCAGCUGAACGGGUCGACGUGUUGCACACAAACAUCGAUGGGUUUGGCAUACCCGACCGCCUAGGACACGUUGACUUUUAUGCUAAUGGAGGCGAAUACCAACCGUACAUAAAGGGCGACUUCAUAAUGCCGUGCUUCCAGUUGUGCAGUCACGUGCGAUCUGUGUUCUACUGGUAUCAAUCGUACAACAACCCCGACAAAUUUAUCGCAGUACAAUGCGACUCAGUCGCAGACGCUAGGCAUGGCAACUGUUACGAUGGAACAUUGAGGACGAAUGCUCUAGGUCCUAAUACAAAUUUCAGUAAGACUGGCGUGUUCUAUCUGCCGACAAACGCAAAGUCGCCAUAUUAUUUAGGUUUGAAUGGUUUGAAGAAGCGAAAGUAUGGCGUUAAUGACUAUCUCAUGACCCCUGCACCUGAUGAAGAUAUAACUAUUUAAGUAUUUAGUUGGUAUAUUCAUAUAGACGGGUAUUAUGGAGUUACAUUGACAGUUGUAUAUAAAUAGGGCAAAACAUCU